GCACCCACGCGUCACGGCGCCGGCCUCGUCUUCAAGCCCGGUAACGACGCGGUGACAUCGAGCCUGAGCAUGGCUCUGUUCGAACGCCGGGAGAGCGCGUCCAACCACAUAAUGCCUUAUAAGGGUACAAUUCACCCGGUCCCGUUGUCAGCUCCAACAACGGCCUGUCACCAUGAAGUUCCUCAAACUAUUCCACUGUGCAGUGCUUUCGUCGGCACUGCACUGCGCAGCAGCGAAGCAGCCGAACAUCCUCUUUAUCUUGACAGAUGAUCAAGAUUGGCACAUGAAGUCGUUGGAGCACAUGCCAUUCCUGCAAAAGUAUCUACUCCAUGAAGGUACACUGUAUGCCAAUCAUUUCUGUACGGUCGCGCUAUGUUGCCCGUCCCGCGUAAACCUCUGGACCGGAAGAGCUGCCCACAACACGAACGUGACUGACGUCUUUGCACCCUACGGUGGCUACCCAAAGGUCGUCCGCGAAGGUAUCAACGAUGACUACCUCCCCGUGUGGAUGCAGAACGCUGGAUACAACACCUACUAUUCUGGCAAGCUGUGGAACCACCACUCGGUUGACAAUUACAAUGCACCCUUCGCCGGCGGGUACAACGGUUCCGACUUCAUCCUCGAUCCCUAUACGUACGAAUACUACAACGCGCACAUGAGUCGCAACGGCGGACCACCCAUAAGCUACAAGGGACAGUACUCGCCUGACGUGACUGCAGAGAAGGCUUAUGGCUUCCUCGAAGAGGCAACGCAACAUCCUGAGCCCUGGUUUCUUACCAUUGCACCCAUCGCGCCUCAUAGCAACGUGAAGCUCGUGCCUGCCGAGGAGUAUAGUGCGGAUUUGCCUCAAUACGCAGAGCGACAUGCUCAUCUCUUCACCGAGUACAAGAUCCCACGCGAUGCCAACUUCAACCCCGAGAAGCAGGGUGGCACAGGAUGGGUCAAGCGACUUCCACUUCUCAACGACACAGUAAUUGACUACAAUGAUGAGUUCCAGCGCUCUCGCCUUCGCGCCCUUCAGUCAGUAGACGAAAUGGUGGAGCAACUUGUGAAGACUCUCGAGCACAAGGGCCUUCUCGAAGACACAUACAUCAUCUACACCACGGACAACGGGUACCACCUAAGUCAGCAUCGCCUCCAUGCCGGCAAGGAAUGUGGCUACGAGACUGACAUCCACAUUCCCCUCAUUGUGCGUGGGCCAGGUGUAAUGAAGGGCCACACCACCGACAUUGUCAGCUCCCACACCGACCUCGCGCCCACUAUCAUGAAGUUGGCCGGGCAGACUUUACGCGAAGACUUCGACGGCUCGGUCAUGCCCCUCUCCAAAGAAGACACUCUUCUUGCCGAAUCUACAGAACGACAAGAACACAUCAACAUCGAAUAUUGGGGCCGAGCUAUCCCCGAGGGCAUAUGGGGCCACUACGACAACCCAGUGAAAGAGAUUCACCCGCCCGACCAAAACUGGGGCGGAUACCUCCAUUCUGUGCGUAACAACACAUACAAGGGUCUUCGCCUCAUCGGCGAGGAUUACAACAUCUACUACUCUGUCUUCUGCACUGGCGACAAGGAGUACUACGACAUGCGCUUCGAUCCAGGUCAGCUCGAAAACUACUUCGACGACGAAGACGCGGACCUCAUAGCGAAGCGCAAUACCUACCAUAUCGCAGGCCGCCCCUUCACCGCCAUCAUAGACCGCAUCGACGCGCUGAUGAUGGUCCUCAAAUCUUGCAAAGGCGAGGCGUGCCGAAAUCCGUGGAACGUUCUGCACGGCAGUGGCAGCAAGGUCACAUCGCUCAAGCAAGCACUGUCGCAUCGCUACGACGCUUUUUACGCGUCACAACCCAAGGUCCAGUUCGAGGACUGUGCUUUGGGCUAUAUCCGUGAGGUGGAAGGCCCUCAGCAUGCGAAUGUGUAUGAUAGUUGGGAUGAUGGAGAGAGGUCUGAGCUCAAGGCGCGCAGGAAACCGAGUUUUGUGUAUCAGGGAAACCCGCAUUUGCUUACUUAAAGGUGUGGUGGAGUUUGUUUCUCGCCAUAGCCUGGAGGUAGUCAGUACGCUGGAAGUGAGCAGGAAUCAAUGUAGGAUGCAAUGUAUGCCUCAAGAGCCGAUCAUCUUGGGAAACAUACAAUCCAAAAUCACAGCAGACGAACUCAAUUUACCUACUACGCCGACAUGUCCCGCGUCGGAGUGAAAUCCAAAGUAGGUCGCUGCCGGCUACAACCCGUUUCAGAGGCUACGCAAAAAUUUACAGAGGAUCGUGUAGACGACAAACUAGUAUAUGAAGUAAAGAAUUUUUGUUCAGACUGUCAUUGAAGUACAUCUAGCUUCCACGACAGCACACGAGACUACACGCUGUAAACAUACAUAUCAUGGGAAUAAAGUAAUGCAAUCAAUGACCAACCAACCCUUUCCACGCCUCAACCAGCUUUCACUCGCCCUUCAAGUGGUCUUGCUUCAC